GGUGCAGAUGUGGGUCAGGGAGUAAACAAGGGAGGAGGCUCAGGCCCGUGAACGGCGAUGCGCGCUCCCGACGAUAAACCUCUGACGCUUUCAUCCGGGAACUUCAACGAACUGCUUCUCCAACAUGGCGGCGUCAGCUAAGAAGAAGAAUAAGAAGGGCAAGACCCUGACUCUGAAUGACUUCCUGGCAGAAGACGGCGGAGGCGGCGGCACUCCUGCUCCCAGUUUCCCAUCCAAGUCCACAAGCUGGGCUGAUGAGACUGACGACCUGGACGGAGAUGUUGCCACAUCGUGGCACACUGAGGAAGACACGUACAGGGCACCACCCAUUGACCGGUCCAUCCUGCCCACGGCCCCUCGCUCAGCCCGCGAGCCCAACAUCGACCGCUCCAAGCUGCCUCGCAGUCCACCGUACACCGCCUUCCUGGGAAACCUGCCCUACGACGUUACAGAAGAUUCGAUAAAAGACUUCUUCCGUGGCUUGGCGAUCAGCGCGGUGCGUCUGCCUCGAGAGCCCAAUAAUCCAGAGAGGCUGAAAGGCUUUGGAUAUGCUGAAUUUGAUGACCUGGAGUCCCUCUUCAGUGCCCUCAGUCUGAAUGAAGAGUACCUAGGGAACCGAAGGAUUCGUGUCGAUAUUGCAGACCAGUCAAAUGAUAAAGAAAGAGACGGUGGCUCCAUGGGAGGCAGAGACAGGGGUGGACGAAUGGCAGACAUGGGUCCCGACAAGACGGACAGCGACUGGAGAGCUCGGCCAAGUGCAGACAAUGAUGAUGGACCUCCAAGGAAGGAUGAUGCUUUUGGAGAAAGAUCACGGGACCGGUACGAGUCAGACCGUUUCAGAGAGGGGUCACGGCGGGACGAUCGUUAUGAUGGAGGAAGAGACCGCUACCGUGAUCGCUAUGACGACAGGGACCGCAGAGACUAUGAUAGAGGAGGCUUUGACUCCCGUGGUGGUGGUGGUGGUGGUGGUGGUGGUGGAGGAGGAGGUCGUCGUGCCUUCGGAAGUAGCUUCCGUCGAGAUUAUGAAGAUGGUCGAGGUAGCAAUGAUCGUUUCGGUGACAAGGAUCGUUAUGGCGAACGGGAUGACCGGUACGAUAGACGAGAUGAUAGGCGUGAGGAGAGAGCUCCUCAACAAAGACCCAAAUUAAACCUGAAGCCUCGCAGUGUACCGAAAGAGGAGGAGGGUACCAGCAGUGGGGGUACAUCCCCGGCUAUUCCUCCAAGCUCUGGAGGCAGGUCUUCAUCCAUAUUCGGUGGGGCAAAACCAGUUGACACAGCAGCCAAGGAGAGAGAGGUGGAGGAGAGGCUGAAGAAAGAAGAAGAGAGGCUGCAAAGACAACUAGAGGUGGACAAAAGCCGGGGACCUGAAAGAAAGAUGAGGGACAGGGACCCCAGCUGGCGUAAUGAGGAAACUCAUUCUGAGCGAUCCCGCACAGAAAGUGAGUCUUCACUGCCUGGAAGCACCUCUGGGAGAGGGUCAAGGUGUCUAGAUGGUGAGCGCUCUGGGGACAAUGAGGUUUUCUCAGGGAGAGAAGGGAAUUCUUCCCCCGGUUCCUCGCCCCGGCCGACCUCCACCGGAUCCUCAAAGGAGCCGCUGAAAGUGAUGCCCGCCCCUCCUCCCAAGGAGAACGCUUGGGCCAAAAGAAGUGCCGUGAGCACAGGCUCUAGUGAAGGAGAUGGUCGAACCCCGGUCUCUCCUGUCUCUCCAAGUGGUUCGGCUCCCCCCAAGUUCAGCUCCCCCAGUUAUGGAGAUGAAAGAGGGUCUGAAAAAGAUGAGAACAAGGCUGAUGAUGUGCGUCGGGACCGAGGGGCCCCACGGACACGAGGGGGGCCUGCAGGGCCUGGAGCUGGGCUGGGCCGAGGAGAGGUGCCCAACAAAGACAGAAAAAAGGAGGCAGACAGAAAGGACAACAAAAGAGACACCAGACCACCUCUAGAGCCAAAGAAAUAUGAGGAAACCCCAACCCCCAAGUUCAGCUCAGCCAGCAAAUACGCCGCUUUGCUAAUGGACGGAGACCAAGGAGACGACACAGAGGACGUCGAGUAAACGACAAAACGAGGCCUGAAAGUUGAUCAAGAGGAGAAAGUGAAAAACUCCAGAAAAUAAGAAAAAAAAAUGAAUCUCACAUAGUCUAUGAAAACAAAUCUUCUCAAAUGGAAGUGGCUCUGGACGGAGGAGGCCACUCCCUCCCUGCCUCCCUUUCCUCCCUCUCCCUUGUUUUCCUGCUACAAACGUGUCCUUCACUUUGAAUCCACCCAUGCUCCCAUCCCUCUUCCCCUGCCCCACCUUCAGGACUUUUCAGGUUCUAGAAGAAAACAGUCACAUACUGGACUUGUUUUAAAUGGAAAAGCUGACACAUGGAAAAGUGAUGGCAAACAUUGAAUUAAUUGUAAUAAAUAAAUGGAAAAAGUGAGGAAAAAAAUGAAUUUGUACAUUUUUGGAUUCCAGGUGUGCCAAAGUGGGAUUUAAUACAAGAGCUGUUGCUUGCUAAGUGAACUUUUUUUAAUAGGAAGUUUUUGACUGGCAUACUAAACAGAUAAAUGCAGUUUUUUUGCUCUUUGUAUUUCCUGGUAAAUGAUUCGGUAUUAUAAAAUCAAUCUCAGAAAAUUAAUUGAUGAACCCUGUCUUCCACUACUAACACUCAGUAUUGAUGAGACUUUGGCUACUAAUUUAAACCCUGCCCCCGCCAAUCAUGUAUUCACCAUUCAGCGAAUUAGUGAUUUUUAAGUUGUUCUGAAUUGAGCCGACUUGCAGUAUUAGCAGAAAGGACUGACACUGGAGCGUUUGUACGUCAAGAGUGAAAGAGAAGCGGCCGCCCCACAUUUCCCAUGGAGAAUCCAUCAAAGUGCCAUUACUGUUUUUCCCCAUUGCUGUACAGAUGUUCCUGUGUUUCUACGCUUUUUGAUGAAGUAACCGCAUCAAGUUAAAUGCCCAUAAAGGUGGUUUUCAGUCAUGCAAAA